UCUCUCUAAAGGUGUGUGUGUGCAGGGAGCGGUGGCGGGGCGGUGGCGCGCGCGGCGCGCAUGGCGGCGCGCGUGCUGCUCGCGCUGGCGCUCGUGGCGCCGCGCCGCGCUGCGCACGCGCCGUGCGCCGCCGCGCCGCUCUGUCUGUGCGCCGACGACCGCUUCACCUGCGACGCUGUACAGUUCCACCGGUUCCCCAACACAGAGGCUGGCGUGCGGCACGUGUCGGUGUGGGGCGCGCGGCUCGGCGCGCUGGACGACGCGGCGCUGGACGCGCGCGCGCUGCACACCCUCGUGCUCGUCGCGUGCCGGCUGGGCGUGCUGCAGCCUGCCGCGCUCGCGUCGAUGCGAGAAACGCUGGCAUCCUUAGAUCUGGGCCACAACGAGCUCACGGAGGUGCCCCACGAGGCGCUCCGGGACCUGAAGGUGCUCAACUGGAUUAAUUUGCAACAUAACUUUAUAAGCGACCUGGACGGUGUAAAAUGGGGUGGGCUGACGGAGACGCUGACCAGCCUGUCUCUGAGCAACAACCGUCUGACUUGGCUGAGCGCCGGCUCGCUGAGGCCGCUUCGCGCUCUCACAACGCUAGAACUAGACGGAAAUAGGAUCCAAGCGGUGGAUGCCGGCGCGUUACCACGAGCCCUUGUCACCCUGCGUCUGUCUGACAACUUGCUGCGCGAGCCACCAACGCUGGCCGCGCUCCCUCGCCUCCAGCACCUCGCGCUCCGCGACAACCUCGUACAUACCUCCAAUGAACUGAAAACCGGUGUGCAAGUACACACACACUUGCACACCCUCGACCUCACCCACAAUUAUCUAGAUGAUGACUUUACCUUGGAGCUAGGUGUAAGGCUAAGGAACUUGCUGCUGGACUUGAAUGACUUCACGACGUUGCCGGCGUUUGUGAUGGACUGCGGACGUUUGGAGAAGCUAUCUGUAUCGCAUAACCGACUUGCAGCUGUACCAGAGACACUUAAUUUACUUGCGAGUGAUCUGCGUCAGUUAGAUUUAGAUUACAAUGAGCUGGUUGCGUUGCCAUUAGAAAUUAAUGAGCUAAUGAGACUACGGAGACUAUCAGCCGCAUACAACCGGCUGCGGGCGGUGUCGUCGCUGCCACCGCGACUCUACGCGCUGUCGCUGGCCGGAAAUGACUUAGCGAAUUUUCCAGAAGGCCUGACUAAUUUAGAAGCGGGGACGUUGACACACUUGGAUCUCGGUUACAACCGCAUCGCGCAUGUGGGUGUAAGCACGUUCGGCGCAUGGGCAACAGGUCUGGAUACACUGAGUUUACGCGGCAAUAGGUUAUCAGCGCUGUUGCCAGGCGCCUUUCCACUGCUGCCAUUGCGUGAACUAGCGCUCAGCUUCAACGAGCUGUAUUCUCUGUCACCAGAAGCGUUGUCUCCGUUGCAUGCGUUAUCCGUGCUGGAGUUGUCGGGCGCCCUGGCGGGAGGAUCCAUGCCGCGCGCGCCGGCCGCCGCCUGGCUCGCGCUCGACAACAACGACAUCCGCCGUGUGUCAGCCGCCGACCUGCGCGCGCACCCGUUCCUCGAGCAUCUGAACCUUGACUUCAACAAGAUAGUGGAAUUCCCGAGCGACUGUAAUGGCUGGGGCAGCGCUUCGUUUAAACUGAGGGAGCUGAGACUAGCCUACAAUCAUAUCAGCAUCAUCAACGGGGAGUUUCUGACGACGCUAUCAGAAUUACAAAGUAUGGAUUUGUCUUAUAACCGCAUGGUGAACGUGAGCGAACGGACUUUUGCACAUCUAAAUAAUCUAGUGUUUGUAGGCUUAGCGGGGAACGACAUAGAGUGUAUUGCGGCGGGUGCAUUCCGCGCGCUUCCUCGGUUGCAAGCCCUGGAACUGCAGUACAAUCACCUGGAGCGUUUCGCCACCGACGUUUUCGAGCAUGUUGCCAGUGAUGAGCCUAACUUGUCUGUAAACGCGAGCCACAAUCGGAUUUCGGUGCUAGCGGGAGGAGGUACCGCACCUAUUAGCGUGAUAGAUCUAUCGCACAACGCGCUAGAAAUUCUCCCUGCUGUAUUUUUUGAAGGCGUGGCGCCAUAUCUGCGGCGCCUGCUAUUAGCGCACAACCGAGUAGUGGUGUUAGAUACGUUAGGUGCCCUGCCGCGGCUGGCCGUGCUUAGCCUGCGCGAGAACGCGCUGGAGACGGUGCGGCGGCGGGCACUCGCGUCCACGCCUGCAUUGGAAGAACUCGACCUGACGCGCAACCGGCUGGCUAUCCUACAACCUGAACAGUUCCGAGCGUUACGGCGUCUACGUGUACUGCGUCUAGCCAUGAACCAGUUACGGGGGGUUCCACCGGGUGCAUUCGCGGGGACGCUUCUGGAAGCGCUUGAUUUACGCGACAAUCGGUUAAGCAGUCCACCGGCCGCCGCGAUCGGCGCGGUGGGCUUCACGUUGCGGCGGCUGGAGCUCGGCGGGAACGAACUGGCGCGGUUAGACGCAGCCGCACUCGCGAGCGCCGGCUUCCUGCGUGAGCUAGGCCUGGCGCGCGCAUCCUUACGCGUGCUGCCCGACGCGGCGUUCGCCGGCCUUGGAAGAUUACGGCGUCUGGAUUUAUCACACAACCUGCUAGUCACUAAUUAUCGGGAGCUGCUGCAUCCCGUGCCGCGGCUGCAGCGGCUGGCACUCGCGGGCGCGGGGCUGCGCGCGGUGCCGGCGCUGCCGCUGCCGGCGCUGCACGAGCUCGACCUGAGCGGGAACGCCAUCGCCGCUUGCCGCGAGGAAGACUUGCGUGCGCUACCUGAACUACGGGCGCUGAACCUGUCCAACAACCGUUUAACGAUACUACAGAGUGGCGCGUGGGCGAUGAUGCCUAGAUUGGCGGUGCUGGAUGUGUCGCACAACCCGCUGACGUCAAUGGCCGGCCUGGACGGCAUGGGACGGUUGCUCCGUUUACGUAUACAAGGCCUCCGCGUGUCAGAGCUCGAGCGGCACGCGUUACGCUCGCUGCUAUCUCUGCGUGAACUCGAGCUGGAUGUCGGGCGGUCGUCGGUCGGUGCAGCGUUGUCUGGUGUGCCUCAGGUUCAAGCGUUGAUACUGCACGUCCGUGUGGACGUGUUAGAUGGACAGUUGGUAGGAGUUGAUGCGCGUAAGCUGCGCGCUUUUGAGUUGAGCGGGAGCGUGCGCUUGUUGUCGGCGCGUGCACUGGCUCCGUUGGCGCGCGCGCGGUCGCUGGCGCUGCGGAUGCGCGGGUCGCGCGUGGGCGCGCUGCCGGCGCUGGCGGCGCUGGCGCGCGUGCCGGCGCUGGGGCUUGAGCUGGCCGGCAACGCGCUGGCCGCGCUCGCGCCCGCCGCGCUCUACCCCAACCUCACCGGCUGGAACACGCGCGCCACCAAGCUGCUAUCGGGCGGGCUGGUGGUGCAGGAGGCGGGGCUGCGGUGCGGGUGCGGCGCGGCGUGGCUGGGCGCGUGGCUGCGGCGCUGGACGCGCGAGGUCGGCGGCGGCGCGCGCGCAGCCCUGCGCGCCGCGCGGCGGUCCGAGUGCGCGGCGCGGGACGGCGCGCGCGCGCUGCUGCAGCUGGAGGUGGAUGCUGCAGCAUGCCGCGCACGCGCAUUGUCCGCUCGCGCGACCACAGCGCGCGCCCCCGCGCUCGCCGCGCUAGCUGCACUCGCACUGCGAGCAUCACAGCGUAGCCAGUGA